AUGGAUGAAAGUUUUAAGUACAGAAAAGAUGAAUUUUCAGGCAUUCAUAUCACAACAGAAAACUAAAAGUUUGAUUCAGAGGAACAAUUUAAGAAAUAAGUUGAGCAUUUUAUUAAUUAAAGACAGCAAGAAGAUAAUGACAUCUCUAGUAUUUGGAUUAAGCUAAGCCCUGAAAAUGUUUAUCUCUCUCAUUCUCUAAAUUAAUUAGGUUUUGAUGUCCAUCACUCUUAGAAUUAAUAUAUCAUGUUUAACAAAUGGAUGAAUCCUUAAAAGGUUAAUAAGAUACCAUCAUAUUCUACUCAUUACAUAUCAUGUGCUCCAGUUGUAAUAUCAGAAGAUGAUCAUAUUUUACUUUAAAAAUAGGGGUCUAAAUGGGGAGUACCGGCUGAUACAUAAAAAUAAAUUGGAAUGAAAUUAGAUAACCUCGCUUAAGAAAUUAUAAAAAAAUCUUUCACUCUCUAAAACAGCGAGAGUCCAAAUUUAAAAUUCUAAGAUUUGAUUUUAAUACGUGAAAUAACUAAAACUUAAUCAGGGCAUCCUGAUAUACUUUUUGCUAUGUAAUAUAAAUGUGAUUUAAAAUACCCACUAAUAAAUUAAAAUGACAGUGAAUAUAAGUGGGUCCCUUUGGAUAACUUAGCUUUAUUUAUUAGAGAUAAUUAAGAUCAUAUUCAUUAUCCACUUCACUAUCUUAUCCUUGAAAGAGUUAAUACUCUUCAUGAAUAAAAAAAGUUAAAUGUACCUAAUCCAGAUGUUAAAAAAUUAGAUUACUAUUUUAAAAGGUUUGAUUCACAUAAUACAGUUUUCCCAAUGCUUUGA